AUGUCUCCCCCGUUAGGACCCCGACCACUUCCGACCAGCGCUGCCGCACCAAUUCCCACCGUCGUAGCCGUUCUCUCCGAGGAAUCCAUCGCCACGCUCGCCCAGGCCCUUUUUGACAAGAAAUGGGACAUCAUCAGCCUCUUCGUCGCCGCCAUACUCGCCCUCGUCGUCAAUCCAAUUCCGGCAGACGAAGAGGAGGGCCUGGGCGACAACGCACAUCCCAAUGCGGUGGCGAUGGUUCCUGUGGCUGCGAACGGUGGCGUGCAGCGUCCGGAUGUGGUGCCUGAUGGGGAGGGGGAGCAUGAUGGGAGCGUGGGACGCGCGAGCGGAGAGAGUCACGACACAUUCUUUUCUAUCUGA